AAAAUAUUCAAGAAUCGAUUACCGAUUUAAAUGAUUUAAUUGAUAAUACUGAAAUCAAUUCUUUAAGUAGAUCAACAGAUGUAAAUCAAGAUUUGGAUCCGGAUGAAAACCAAGAAACAGUAAAUAAUAAUAACACAGAUCCAGAUCAAGAAACAGUAA